AUGUCUAGGGCCUCGCAGAUUGAACAAGAGAAUGACUCACAGUUCCAUCUGCUCGCAAACAAGGUGUCUGCGUUCAAAAACAUCGCAAAUGACAUCAACUCGUACGCACAGGAGGACAACAAUAACUUGGGCUCCAUCAACGACCAGCUCUCCACGCUAGGGGAGAACAUCAAGUCGACUGCCUCACGGUUGGGCCAUGUGAUGCGUGCCAACCCGAAGAUCACAAGAAUGGUAGGCGUUGGGUUUGCCAUCUUCCUGGUCAUCUACUACUCUCUCAAGUACCUUUUCUAA